AUGAUCGCAAAUUACGCCGACAGCGACGACGCCAGCAGCCCGAAGAAGCUUCGCCGAAGGACCCUGGCAUCCGACGUGCUCCCGCUGCCGCUCUGGCUCACAAACACUGUCUUUUUGCUCACGUUCAUCUUCUCCUGCUGCUACCUCCUCCAGCAGUGGCGUGAGCAGCUCUACUCGUCCGAGAAGCUUCACGAACUGCUGUGGCGCGAUCUCGUCGCCGUGUGCCUCGGUAUGGGCUCCUUCAUUUAUCUUAUAAAUUUCUUCGGGGUUGGAUUCGUGCAGUCCGCCAUCGAGCAGAGCAUGCUGUCCGAGGAGGAGGAUGCGAAGGAAAGAGACUCGGAGGACGAUGAUGAGGAGGGGGAAGUCGAGGAAGAAGAGGAGAAAGAUCCCAAGGAGCUGCUUUCCCCCCACAGGCGCAACCAUCCGCGCAACCAUCCGCGCAAUCAUCCGCGCAACCAUCCGCGUGGGCAUUAUGCGCCCCCUCCGCCGGAGCCCUGGUAUAAGCCCGAACCGAUCCCAACUCCCGCUACUGCCACCCCCGUCACUGCCACCCCCGCUACCGCCGCCCCUGCCACUGCCACCCCCGCUACUGCUACCCCCGCUACAAUCACAUCCGCGGCGCCCAAGUCCUGCACUUUCAAACUCGACAGCUCAUCCUCGCUACAAGACGUCCCGUUACAGGACCUCCCGGACGAGGACAUCGCGCGCGCCGUCGCACGCGGCGCCAUUCCAAUGCAUUCCCUCGAAACGCAACUCGGCAACACCCUCCGCGCCGCCGCGGUCCGCCGGCGCGCCGUGGAGAUCAAAACGGGCCGCUCGCUCGCGGGACUGCCCCUCGAGAACUACGACUACGACGCGAUCCGCGGCGCGUGCUGCGAAAUGGUCGUCGGCCACGUGACGAUCCCCGUGGGCGUCGCAGGCCCUCUGCGACUCGACGACGCGGAGUUUUUCGUGCCGAUGGCGACCACCGAAGGCUGCCUCGUCGCCAGCACGAACCGCGGCUGCAAGGCCAUCUGUGCCGCGGGCGGCGCGCGCAGCGUCGUGCUGCGCGACGGCAUGACCCGCGCGCCCGCCGUGCAGCUCCCCUCCGCGCUCCGCGCGGCGGAACUCAAAGCCUUCGCGGAGAACCCGCGCAACUGGGCUCUCCUUGCGGAAGCCUUCAACAGCAGCAGCCGCUUCGCGCGCCUGCAAUCCCUCAGCGUGGCGGUGGCGGGGCGCAACGCGUUCAUCCGCGUGGAGAGCAGCACGGGCGACGCGAUGGGCAUGAACAUGGUGUCCAAGGGCACGGGCAACGUGCUGGGCGUGCUCGGCGCGCAGUUCCCGGACAUGCGCGUGGUGAGCAUGUCGGGCAACUACUGCGCCGAUAAGAAGGCCACCGCUGUCAACUGGAUCAAGGGGCGCGGCAAAUCCGUCGUCUGCGAAGUCACCAUCCCCGGCCACGUGGUCGAGUCGGUGCUAAAGACAACAGUUGCCGCCCUGGUGGAGCUGAACACGACCAAGAACCUGGUGGGGUCGGCCAUGGCGGGCGCGGUGGGCGGCAGCAACGCGCACGCGAGCAACAUCGUGACGGCCGUGUUCCUGGCCACAGGGCAGGACCCCGCGCAGAACGUCGAGAGCUCGCAGUGCCUCACACUGCUAGAGGCGGCUAAUGACGGGGCCGACCUGCACGCCUCCGUCACCCUGCCAGCGAUUGAAGUUGGGACCGUUGGCGGUGGAACCUUCCUUGCACCGCAGGCGGCUGCGCUGUCCCUGCUGGGCGUGAAGGGGUCGCACAGCACGCAGCCAGGAGCCAACGCACAGCAGCUGGCGCGGGUGGUGGCGGCAGCAGUGCUGGCGGGGGAGCUCUCGCUCUGCUCCGCCCUCGCCUCGGGCCACCUCGUGCAGGCGCACCUCAAAUACAACCGCUCCACGCUCAACUCUGCUUCGUCCGCUACUGCCGCCGCCGCUGCGGUGGCGUCUGCUGCUGCUGGGCCAGCUUCGGCUGUGUCUGGCAGGGAUGCAACAAAAGAGGGUGCUCUGGAGGGCCUCUGCAUGUCGCCGUGUGGGAUUGCUGACUGCUGCAGUUGCUGUCGCUGUUACGGUACUGCUGCUGCUCCUGCUGCUGCUGCUGCUGCUGCUGCUGUUGCUGCUGCUGAAGGUGAUGAGAUUGUGAAGCUCCGGGGGUCAGAAUCCAUCCACCAGGCGUGUAACGCACGUCACCUCUCAUUCACGAAUUUCGACUCUGCUCGAUUCGAUAUAAUCCACACGCGCAACCUACGCUGCUCGUCCUCCGCGAAUUUCGUCUCGCAUUCAUGGCGACCACCACGCCCGCCCCCUCCCUCCGCGUUUCCCGCUGUAGCUCCUGUCUCCACCACAGCACGGCUUCCUCUUCCCGCCGCUCGAACCGCCUCCGCCCCUGUCCGUCCGCUCCUCUUCCGCUUGUCCCCCUCUCCGCGACAGUUCCGCGCACCCCCCAACUCCGCACCCGGUUUCUCCGCGGGCCUGUCCGCGCAAGCGGGGGAAGCAGCUGGAGACCCGCGAAAGUCCCGCGACGAAGACCCAGAAGCUAGUAACGAGGACGCCGCGUUCCCAUACACGCCCUCCACCCGCGUCACCAUCCCCCCUCUCUCCUCCCCCCGAUCUCCGCCCACUCCCGCACUCCAGCGCUCGUCUCCCCCCCAACCGCGCCAGUCCUCCCCGCCUCCCCCGCGCUCUCCGCCUCCGCCCCCUCCUCCUCCGCCGCAAAUCCCUCCUCCCCCCCGGUCAUCAAACCCAUUCGCGUCCGUGAGCAAGUUCGCGUUAGCGGGGGUGUUUUUACUGGGGAUAGGCGCGGGCGUGUCGGUGGACACGGUUCUGAACGUGGAGCCCAGCAACGUGGCGUCGCGCGAGGUGAUCGACCGCCAGACGCCCAACCCGGACAUCUGCCUCGCCAACGGCAUGAGCGCCAUGGUGCUCGACCAGCGCCUCUUCAUCUCCUUCAAUCCCUUCAACGUGUAUGUGUCACAAGCAGAGGUGAAGCCAGGGUGUGUGCUGCGGCAGAGCAACUGGCAUGUGCUGGAGUCCAAGGGCCUCGUCUCAUCGGACGAAGUGCGCGACUGCAAGCGAAACAUGAACACGUUUGGGUUUGUGGGUGACUUGAGGGAGUCACCCGAGGUGUCAUGCGUGUACCACAGUGAGACGGCGGAAAAUCUGUUUCUAGAAGAUGCCAGCAAGUCGAAGAUCAGGAUUGGGGGGAGUCAGUAA